UGCGCCGAUUGUACGAUAUUUCGUUCAAAUCGAGAUCGUACCAGUGUACAUUUACCAUUUGGCAUUUUAGCCGUGGCUAUUGUUGUUUUUUUUUUUAUCGAGAAAUCAUAGUUUGCCGCCGUUGAGUUAACACUCGGCUCGGCACUGUUCCAUGACGCGAGCGCAUGCGCACUACGACAGUUGUGUAGUUUCCUUAUCUGUUUUCGUUUCGACUUCCGAGCAUUUCAGACAUUUCUACAGUACCAGCGCACGGCGACUGAUUUGUUUACGGUUUUUGUUAUUACAUUUACAACCGCAUUAAUAACAUUUAGAUAAUAUACAUUAUUGAUUUAUUAUUAUUAUUGUUUGACGUUCGCUUUGUGUUUCGAGUUUUGGUGUGGUUUGUCAACGAACGACCGGACCUAGGUGGAACGUAAAGAAAACGCAAAAGACGACGGACACACACAAGUUGGUUCCGUACGCUUAAUGUUACUACCGUCCAGUGUCCGCACUUUGCAAUGAUUGAGAACGCGGAACUGGUCAUGCAAAUGCUGGAGAUGUACCAGAUGUACAAGCAACAGGUUCCUGUGGAACUGGAAGAGUACUUAAGGUACGUCGCUAAGACCGGCAACACACUAUUUCAGUGGACGCUGGUUAAGCCGUUCAUCCGUGAAAAGAUAAUGAACGUCAUUGCCGAGUUUGCAGAACAGUCUUCAUUGUCUGAAAUACCGCCAUACCCAAAUGUCGACCCGUUCAACUACGAAGCCAUGAAAACUAUGUUGUUGGAGCGUUUUGACACUUUUAAUGGUCCUCCGUUCACUAUACAGAGGCUUUGUGAGCUAUUGUCUUGCCCAAGAAAGGAGUACAACCGUGUUGACAAAUUCAUGCGCGCCGUAGAAAAGAACAUAUUGGUCGUCAGUACUUGCGAGUUGAGACCUAAGCGAGAAGAGCCCAUUGUCAAUGGUGUCCCAGACCGAUGGGAAAAUGGUAAAGAGUCUGAUAUAAAUAUGGACUUAGUUGAUAAAAAUAAUGUUAUUGCAGAUGUAAGUGUCCUAAAUGGUAAUGAUACAGUUGAAAGUCUUCUGAACGAACUAGAAUCUAUGAAAACACCUGAAACCAAACUGGAUGAAUCAAAAACAGAACAUAAAGAACAUCUUGUAGCACAAGUUACUGAUGAAGUUGAAUCUAAUAUUACACUUGAAGAAUCCAAACAAGAUACUCCAAUAUUAAUCACCCAAGAUACACCUCAGACACUGAUUACAGAUUCUAUAGAAGUUGUAGAACCAGUUGAUAUUGAUGUCUCACCAAAAGAGCUAAGCUCUGAAAUCUGUGAAGUUCAACCUAUUGAAGAAAAAGAACAAAUUGUAAAAGAUCCAGUUGAUGAGCUCAAGGAUUUAUCUCAUGAUAUAGAGCCUGAAACUGUCAAGCCGAAAACUGAAGAGCCAAUUAUUGAAAGUAAUAAAUUGGAUCAUUUGGAAUUAAUACCAACAGAUGUAGAUCGAGUUGAAGGUUCAAUUAUUCAUCAAACCCCAGAUUCUGAUAGUAAAGUAGAAUUAGAAUUAGAAGUUUCACAACCAGCAGUUGUGUUGGGAAAAUCAGACGAAGAUCCUGAAUGUAUGGAUGUACAGGUCGAAAACAUAUCCAAAAGUAUGGAAUCAGAAGUGUUAAGUGUUAAUGUACAAGACGAAUGUAAAAAACCUACAGAAAUUCAAAAUGAUAAACAACAAGUUGAUGAAUCUACUGUUGAUGCACCUACUGUAGACCCAAUUUCUACAGAUAUGGAGGUAGAACUAGAGAAGACAGAAAAUGACAUUAUCCUUGACGUCAUACCACAAGAAAAUGUUAAAGAAAAUGAAGACACCCCAUCAACAGAGCCUAAUACAAUUGUUGAAGAACCUCAGAUACAGGAUGAAAAUAAAUUGACUGAAAGUGAAUAGUCUUAGUAAAUAUUAGGCUUAAACGAAUAUAAUAUACAUUGACUGGUUAGGUUAAUAAUAAUGAAAUGUUAUCAAUUAGGUAAAAUUUAUGUAAAAUCUAAUGUUUAUAUGUACCUACGUGAUAAAUUCAGAAUAAGUUAUUUCAUUUACUGUAAAAAAUUAUUUGCAAAUAUUGCUAUUUUGAUUUAAUCAAUAAUCAAUAAUAUUUUUUCAUAUAUAAUUUUAAAUGAAUAAAAAUGUAGUACAUUUUGAACCAA